AUGAACAACUCUUGCCUGUGUCUCCAGUUUGUCCUUCUCUUGCACUUUGCCCUGGAGCCCAGGGCUGAGUAUGUUGAAGAAGAUCUGUACAAUAUUGACCUGGACAAGAUUGAUAUGAAGAUUAGUAAUACAUCACAUGAUAUCACUGUAACAUGGAAGACCCCAGUUGAAACAACAGAUCCAAUGUGUUACACAAGUGAAUUGCAGUGCAAGAACCAAUGUGUCAAAGACUGGAAGAGAGGUCAGAAGUAUGAAGUUGAACAUAAACAUAAGGUGCAUGUUUUCAACCUAUCUACCCUCAGUAUGAAGGAGAAUUAUGAUUUCAGAAUAAGAAUGAAGCUGAGUUGUAUAGAUGGAGACUGGAGCACUUGGACACAAGUAAAACACUGGGGAAAUAAUACAGGUACUUGUAUGGCAGAAUCAUCUUCCUACAUGUGGUGUUAUAUUUUGAUAACUGUGCUGCCAAUGACCGUCUUUCUUCUAAUUUGUCUGCUGACGCAAGAGGGCAUUAGAAGACUGAUCUUUCCUGUUGUACCAGAUCCCAAAGACUUUAAAAAUAAAAUCAUGACCAUUGACCAUUCUCAGUGGUGGAGCAACCUGACGCAGUGGAGUGAGGAGUGCACAACAACAGAUAUUGAGAUUAUCAACAAGAGUGAAAGGGAUGGGGAUGACCAGACGCUGGUAAUACAGUCCAUGGAUACCAGCCACGAGCAACAUGUCAGCAUGUACUGCAUCUAUUCCUCUGCAACCCCCUGUGUGAACACAGAACCACAGAACUCACAGAGCGUAUUGGGCUAUAUUAACCUCUAA